AUGGCAGCCCCCCAAAAAACGAGGAAUAGAGCAGGCGCAGCCGCAGAGGAGGAGCCGGGAACAGGAACACGAACAGCAGAAACAUCAGGACCUCUCUGCACCCCCGCGCGCGGCGGCGACAUUGCUUUGGUGGUGGAACAUCGAAAAUCGUGCCCUCAUUGUUGGCCGCGCCCCGGUCAGAGCCGCGCGCGGCGUGCGCCGCCGCUGCCCCCGGCCGCCCUGGACAGCACCGCGGCGCACACCGAGAAGCCGAUCCUCCGCGCCGCGCACCCGCAGCAGCCCCCAGCGCUCGCCCGCCGGCACCGGCAGCCGCGCGGCGGCCCACCACGAGAGCGCGACGGGUCCCCCGGCGCGCCCGCGCCCUCGCGCCCACGGAGCGAACCGCCCAGCAGCCCACGCACGCGGGCAGCCAGCGCGCGCGCCCCGGUGCCAGGCGUGGGGUCCUCCACCCAUGCCACCGCGGCCGUGCGGACCACGACCGCCGCGCUCCCCGCCGCCGCGGGCCCGUGUGGGGCGGUGCCGCUGCCCAGGACGCGGCAGGGCCACAGCCCCACCGUGCGCACCUCGGCCGCGCCCCCGCCGCCCGGCUCGGCCGACACGCCCUCCACGCGCGCCGCGGUGCCGAGGCGCCGAUAA